CUGCUUUAACACUAUAAUGUCGUCGAUUCUCCGAUGAAGGCUUGAAAUGCGUUGGUCCCUCUUCCGCCUCUGCAAAUCGUCUUCUUCCUUCGUCGAAUCCUUCGCCCCUUCCGCGAUAACUUCCCUUCUCAGCAACUGCCGCGACCCUCGCCACAUUUAUCAAAUACAUGGCUUCAUGUUGCACAGAGCUCUCGAUCAGGAUAAUCUCCUCCUCAGCCGAUUCAUCGAUGCGUGUUCAUCUCUUGGUCUUUAUUUAUACGCUCUUUCUGUCUUCUCAAAUAAAGCCCACCCCGAUCUUCGUCUCUACAACACCGCCGUUAAAGCGCUAUCGCAGACCUCCUCACCCAUUAACGCCAUUUCGCUUUACUCCAGGAUUCUGAUUGAGGGAUUGCGGCCUGAUUCGUACACUAUUCCCUUUGUUUUGAAGGCCAUCGUUCAGUUGUCCGCCGUUGAAGUGGGGCGGCAGAUUCAUACCCAGACGGUUUCUUCGGGUUUGGAUACGGAUGUGAAUGUUGUUACUUCGUUGAUUCAAAUGUAUUCCUCUUGUGGGUGUGUUUCUGACGCUCGCAAGCUGUUUGAUUUAGUUGAUUUUAAGGAUGUAGCUUUGUGGAACGCCAUGGUUGCUGGGUAUGUUAAAGUUGCAGAACUUAACAGUGCGCGUAAGGUGUUCGACAAAAUGCCUCAAAGAAAUGUGAUAUCAUGGACUGCCUUGAUUGCUGGGUAUGCCCAAACCAAUAGGCCUGAUGCAGCGAUUGAGCUCUUCAGGAAGAUGCAGCUUGAGAAAGUGGAGCCUGAUGAAAUUGCAAUGUUGGCUGUGCUCUCCGCUUGUGCUGAUCUGGGUGCUCUUGAACUUGGGGAGUGGAUCCAUAACUACAUAGAAAAGCAUAGUUUGUGCAGGAUUGUUCCAUUGUACAACGCCCUUAUAGACAUGUAUGCAAAAUCAGGCAACAUAGGAAGAGCACUGGAAGUUUUUGAGAACAUGAAGCAUAAGAAUGUCAUAACCUGGUCCACCAUGAUUGCUGCCAUGGCUCUUCACGGCCUCGGAGGACAAGCUACCGACAUGUUCCUUCGAAUGGAGAAGGCAAGAGUCAGGCCAAAUGAAGUAACAUUCAUAGCCAUCCUAUCCGCUUGCAGCCAUGUUGGGAUGGUGGAUGUGGGUCGUUAUUACUUCAACAGAAUGCAGUCAGUAUACAAAAUUCAGCCAAGAAUUGAGCACUAUGGCUGCAUGAUCGAUCUGCUGGCUCGUGCUGGCUAUCUUCAAGAGGCACAGAAGCUGUUUCAGGACAUGCCAUACGAAGCAAAUGCAGCGAUAUGGGGGUCGCUUCUUGCUGCUUCCAAUACACAUAGGGAUGCUGACCUCGCAGAGCAGGCUUUGAGGCAUCUAGCUAAGCUAGAGCCUGAAAACAGUGGGAAUUAUACGCUUUUAUCCAACACAUAUGCUGCUCUUGGCAGGUGGAAUGAAUCUGGGAUGGUGAGGAAGGUGAUGAGAAAUGCAGGGGUAAAGAAGGCUCCGGGUGGAAGCUUUAUUGAAAUUAAUAACAGAGUGCACGAGUUCCUGGCUGGAGAUCGGUCAGAUUCUCAGUUACAUGGGAUUUAUCCAGUUUUGUGCAACAUAAUUGUGCAGCUCAAAAUGGCCGGGUCGUACCCAGAGGAAUGGAGUAAGUUUCUUAACUACGAUGAGUGAUAUGAAUUGGCUUGACAACGGUUAUCUAUUUGAUUGUUGAAGUUCGUAUUAAACUCGAGUGUUAAGAUAUUGAAAAACUACAUUUUUAGGUGAAGACGAGAGUUUUGAUCGUGCAUUUAUUUGAUCGUUGAAGUCUUGAUUAAACUUGGGUGUUGAGAUAUUGAAAAACUACAUUUUUAGGCGAAGACGAGAGUUUUGAUUUUGUAUCUAUUUGAUCGUUGAGGUUUGUAUUAAACUUGAGUGUUGAGAUAUUGGAAGACUACAUUUUUAGGCAAA